GACUAUUUAGACUUUCUUUUUAGAUAUAAUGACAUGCGAUACUUAUCAUACCCGAAACAGUCGAUCUGCGAAUGAUACUGCUAGGAGUUUAAGUUUAAUUCAUAUUGCGUAGCUAUAUCAACUGCCGCAAUUUCUCCAGUUCGUCAUGGAUUCUCAAGGCUGUGAGCUCUGUCGUCAUUUUGACAUACGCCCAGGAGACAGUUUCAAACCUUCGGCUGGAAAAUGGACGAUACGUAUUAACCCCGGAGAUCUAUCUGAUGAAUACCGCCUAUUUUUCACGUCCCGCCAGCUUCAGCGGGCGGCUAAUUCAGGCUGUGCUAAUUGCUCGUUACUAAUUGAUGGGUUGCAUAUCAUAAGCAAGAAUCUGGAUAUCUUUGAUAGCGCACAGCCAUACCAAGGUCGUAUCAUAUCCCGUACAGGUUGUGCGCUACAGGUUGAAGUCAGAGGUUCAAUGAUGGACGAGCCGAUUGGCCUAGAAUUUUACAAACUUUCAAAUACCGAAGAUCUUAUACCAUCCAGUGAUUUCGGUCCCCGCCUAAUCAUUGGAGCUGCUGAAGAAGUACCUAGCGAUAAUCCACUUGAAAGAAGCAUGCCCAUAAUACGCAAGUGGAUAUCAUGUUGCGACAAUAAACACGGAGCCUGUGCUGGAAGUAGGAAAUCAUCGCGAGUUCCUACUAGAGUACUUGACGUUGCAGGAAAGGCCUUGAAUAGAGGAUCGGUUGUCUUGGUAGAAAGUGCCGAAAUGAAACUGGAAUCCGAGAAAAAACUCCCAUAUAUUACUCUCAGCCAUUGUUGGGGCAAGAUUCGGCCCCUGACUACUACACAUGAUAACUUUGCUGCACACAAGAAGGAAAUAACAUUGGAGAAUUUACCGAAGACCUUUCAAGAUGCCAUCACAAUAGUUCGAGCGCUUGGAAUUCGGUACAUUUGGAUCGAUAGUUUGUGUAUUAUUCAAGGCGAUGAUGAAGACUGGGAUAAAGAGGCAAUUCUUAUGGCUAGCGUAUACUCGAACAGUUAUCUGAACAUAGCAGCUACCGGAUCUUGCGACAGUAGGGGUGGAUGCUUCUAUUCCCGUAAGAUGCAUUGUGGAUCCACAACUCUACCGCUAAAGUCUUACAUGAUUGGUCAGAAUACCAACCACGCGGGGGCAGGAGUUGUGUUUGUUCGACUUUCUUUCGAAAAAGUCCACCAAAGAUAUCACUUGCCAAAUGAGCAAUCCAAAAUUGGUGACUCAAUCAGAACACCCCUACUUUCGCGUGCAUGGGUCUUUCAAGAAAGGCAGCUAUCACCUCGUACUCUCCAUUUCCACCCCGCGGAAAUGAUUAUGGAAUGCAAAAGUGCUCUGCGAUGUGAAUGCACAGGACUUGAUAAGAUACGUGCCAAUGCGAAUAAAGAGUUUUCAGAUCUUUACAGAUCUGAAGACUGGGAAGUUACCGAUCAAUGGUUCAGGGUUGUCAAAGAAUACACGGCUUUGACACUCAGUUAUUCAAAAGACAGAUUAGUUGCUCUAUCUGGGAUUGCGACAAUCUUUCAAGAUCGCUUGAAAACCGCCUAUCUAGCUGGGAUCUGGGAAGCAGAUAUAUCCAGGAGUCUUUUGUGGGGUAUUCGAGAGAAAAAAGCUAACCGAGAAAGAAUUUACGAGACUAGUGUACGGAAUCCGAGAGCUGAUGGCCACUAUGCACCAACCUGGUCAUGGGCAUCGCCAGUUCUGAUAGAUGGUGAUACGAUAAAUUUUCCCGCGAUGGACGAGGGUACUUUCACUCCACACCAGUGUUUCUCGCUGGUCAGUACUAACGUCCCAUGGCUAGCCACUGAUUCUUCAAAGAACAUGGGGUCUGCGUUUCUUGAGCUUCGGGGGUUGUUAGUUUUGGCAAAGAUUUCAUAUCUUAGCGCUGACCCAGAAGGGUCAACCAAAGCUCCAAGACUCAGCUUCGCCCGGGACCCUGGUAUUUACUAUUCUGGAAACUUCCUCAAUCUGGACAUUCUUCCAAGUACCGUUGAGCGACAUGUCACUGAAAGCUUCCCAAUAUACUGUCUCCUUGUUGGAACGAUGUUGGAGGACCUAGAUAGCCAUACUUCGACGUGGUUCAGUACUUUACUGGUUGAACGUAGUAGCCUAGACAUGAAUCUUUUUUGCCGAGUAGGAAUUUUUGAUGUUCGAGAAGAUACGAAAGCCUUUUUUGAAGCAAAACAAGCAACAAUUAAGUUGACAUGAUCAUCGUUUAUUCUCAUACCUUUAAAGUAAAUGUCUUUUUUUGUUUUGUUUUUUUGAAAUCUACAGGUUAUUUUGAUAUUUAGAAUAAAACUGUUUUAAACUCCGCAACUUUUGGCCUAAAUAGAAAUCUUGAAUUGUAUGAUUCUAUCAUCAUAAUUACCGAUUAGAAUGGUAGAAUAUGUAGUUUAUGUAAUGUUACA